AUGAGGAAAAGAGAGAGAGAAGAAAAAAGAAAGAAGAGGAAAGAGAAAAAAGAGAAGAGGAAGGAGGGAAAAAAGAGGAGGGAAGAAAAAAAGAGGGAAGAAAGAAGUGAGAAGAAAGAAGAGGUAAGAGAAAGGAGUGAAAAGGAAAGACAAAAGAAAGAAGAAAAAAGAAAAAAGAGAGAAGAAAGAAGAGAGAAAAGGGAAGAGGAAAAAGAGAAAAAAGAAGAGAAAAAAGAGAAAAAGAAGAGGGAAGAAAGAAGAGAGAAAAAAAAGAGAAAAAGAGAAGAGAAAGGAAAGAAAAGAAAAGAGAGAAGAGAGAAAGAGGAAAAAAGAAAAGAGAGAAAAAGAAAAGAAGAAAAAAAAAAGAAGAGAAAAGAGAAAAGAGAAAGAGAGAAAAAAAGAAGAAGAGAAAGAGAGAGAGAAAAGGAAAGGAAGAAAAAGAGAGAGGAAAAUGAAAAAAAAGAGGAAAAGAAGAAGAGGGUGAAAGGGAGAGAAAAAAAAGAGUAA